AUGGACAACACCAAUCCAGACUCGUCUGUUUCCCAUCCGGACGCACAUCAUUCAGAGCCAGUCACCAGCGUUGCUGCAAUCCCCAAUGCGUCAACCCCGCCGACCACCUCGUCUCCACAUACCAUAUCGUCUCCGCCCAUACCUAAAACAGAAGAAACAUUAGUAUGGGAGGACACCCAUAGACCUGCGAUGACAGCACAAGAAUUCGCCAUUCACAGGAGAAUCACGGAGAGGCUGUCUCGGAUGAUAGCACAGAUGGACAAGGACAGCGAAGAGAGAGCCAGGGACCGAGAAGAAAGAAACAAGGACAGAGAAGAAAGGAAACGUGAGUGGCAGGAAGAGAUGGACAAGGACAGAGAAGAAAGGAAAAGGUACAGAGAAGAACAACGAGAAUGGUUCAAGCAAAAAAUGGCCCAAUUAGAGAACCCAACUACAACCACUACGGAAGAGGCUGAAGCUAGAUGUGCAAUAAUAGCAACAGAGAUUGCUGACAUGCUUGGUCUGGAAAAGUCAGAACAUACUGGAGCAAUUAAAGAUGUGAUCGUGAAAUCGGACCAAUUCUCUAACAAACUCAGUGCCAGAACGGAAGAGACGUCCCAGAUCAUGGCGCCAGCAAAUAAAUACAGCACAAGCAUGGAGGAUAAACCUACCCAGCAUGUCUAUGUUGAAGCCGACCCGUAUCUCGCCGAAAACCGAGAAGAGCCGGAGGACGCCAUCCAUCAAUCCGAGGGACAGCCCAGACCGUCGACGGCUAACAACAAUUCAAACCAACAACAUCGAAGGGAGAACAUAAUAAACACCGACCCGGAACAGGACCGCAAACCGGAGAACAUAGAGGAAAAGUCUAGUCCCGAGGAUAGUGUAGCCAUGGACGUAGACCAACCCAUGAAAAUUGAGGAGGUGCAGAAGCCCCUAGAUAUGGAUAUAGAUCUUCCCAAAACUGAUGGUAUUAAGCCACAGGUUGCGUCCUUCAAGGAAGAUGUUGUAGUGAAGCCUCCUGAGGACGUCGUUUGUAAAAAUGAGGAUGUUGAUAGUGAGAUUAGGAGAGGUGUGAGGAAAGAGGAGGAGACUGCUAGAAGCAACUAUGAGGAAGAAGUGAGAAGAGAAGAGGAUAGGAGCAACUUCAGUGAAGAUGUUAGGAAAAUAGAGGAGAAUAACCUGACUAACAACGACCAAUCCUUCCAAACCUGUCUACCCCUCGAGAUCAUCAGCACCAGAACGGAAGAGACGUCCCAGAUCAUGGCGCCAACAAACAGAUACAGUAUAAGCAUGGAGGAUCAACCUACCCAGCAUGUCCAUGUUGGAGCCAAUCCGUAUCCCGCCGAACACAGAGAGGAGCCGGAGGACGCCAUCCACCAAUCCGAGGGACAGCCCAAACCGUCGAUGGCCGGCAUCACCAAUCCACCGAAGACACCUCCUGUAACAAACAAAACCGGCAAACAUCAUAACCUGUCACAUUAUCACAAUAACAGAAGAUAA